UGUUGUCUCGGAUGCUGAAAUUGGCCCAAAUGCGAAUGCCUGUUGUUAUGAUGGACCACCCUUUCCUUCCAUGACGCUUCAAAAAUCCUUUCCACUGUAUGAUAUUAACAUCACAAUAUCCCCAGUAGACAACCAGCCACCAUCCAUUGCCACUGGUGUCAUGUUCGUUGUGGAGGAGGGCUCCGCAGCUGCUAUCACAAUUAACCAUUUGUAUGCCACCGAUCUCGACACCAACGCAGAUGACAUACAGUUUGUUUUAGCUUCUCCUCCUCAGUUUGGAUACAUUGAAAACAUACUGCCUUCCCCUGGCUUUGAGAAAAGCAACAUGGGAAUAAGUAUAGCCUCAUUUCAGUUGAAAAAUGUGAAGGCCCAGCAUAUAAACUAUGUCCAAAGCAGACACAGGAGGAUAGAACCAACCACAGACCAAUUUAUGCUUUAUGCCACUGAUGGGAAACAUCAUUCAAUGGAGACACCAUUUUAUGUCUUGAUCAACCCAACAAAUGAUGAAGUCCCAGAACUCAUAGCACGGAAUAUUACAGUCCAGGAAGGUCAGAUGAAAGAACUGGAUCCAUCUGUAAUUAACGUUAUUGAUUUGGAUGUACCUCAAGACACACUGAUGUUUACAGUCCUCCAGCAACCCCAACAUGGGCUCCUUGUUAAUGGAAUGUAUGGCAAUGAUAUCCUCCGCUACAAACAUGCAAUUAAUGGUCACCAGCAUCAUGAACUUCCAGCACAUGGGUUUUCCAUGGAGCUUUUAAAAAAUGGGAUGAGGCUGAUGUAUAUGCAUGAUGACUCUGACAGCCUAGCUGAUGCUUUUUCAAUCCAGCUAUCAGAUGGGAAACAUAAAGUGUCAAAAACCAUUUCGGUAGAGGUCAUUCCAGUUAAUGAUGAGAAACCAGUGCUGAGCAAGAAGGGUAAGAUAGAGGUGAAUAUGGGAGAAGCCCAAAUUAUUUCUAGUGCUGUUCUGUCAGCUGAAGAUAAAGACACCCCCAGGGACCACAUUUACUAUUUAUUUGAAAGAGUCACAGAAAAUGGACAUCUUCAGCUCAAGGUAGGUCAUGACUGGGUGGUCCUCCAAAGUGGAAUGAAGUGCACCCAGGAGGACAUAGACAUGAACUUUGUGAGAUAUGUACACACCGGAGCAAUUGGCUCAAAGAAAGACGACAGUUUCAUGUUUCAUCUUUGGGAUGGAGACAACAGAUCUCCAGUAGUGGUUUUCUCUAUUAGCAUUAAAGGCAUGGAAAAAGGAAACAUCGCUGUCUUUAUGAAACCCCUGACAGUGCUGAAGGGUGACAGAGGCCACUUAAUGACUGACGUCCUCCUUGCAGUUGAUGGCACUGAGAAACCAGAGGAGCUCCUCUAUGUGAUAACUUCCCCACCUCAGUAUGGACAAAUUGAAUAUGUCCGCUAUCCUGGAGUCCCCAUUACAAGUUUCAGCCAAAUGGAUGUGGCAGGCCAGGCUGUCUGCUAUGUCCACAAGAGCAAGGCAGCUGCUCCCAAAGAUAUGUUCAGGUAAGCACUACAUAGUCUAUUAUAUUAGUCUACUGAAAAAAAAUUCUUGAACAGGAAUAAAGUGGUAAUGGUGUUUAUAUGACAACACAUGGUUCUCUUCUCUUGAGAAUGACACAUUAUAGUACGAAGAUACUCUUAUUUGGUUUAAGAUGCUAUAAGCAUUUGAAUGGGUCACUGCCAUUUA